UGCCAACAACACCCGGCACGACGGCGUACGUGCAGUUCACGGGCCGCCUCGCCGCCGUGAACCAGCCGCUCUUCAAGAGCGCACUCGCCCGGCGCGUCGAGGCUGCGACCGCCGACGCUAUUCGCAUUCGGUCGGUGACAUAUCAAGUGACGGAGGAGGUCGCGCGCGACGGCCUCGUCAUGCAGUCCGAGCACCAAGUCGCGUCGUCUGAGGUCGGCGGUAACGUGGCCGUGGACGCGCACGACGGCCGCCGCGUCGUGCUCAGCCACCCGUCUUACUUUGGCAUGCUCUACCGCAAGGGCGAAGAUGCUUUCGCGCCAGCCAAGGACACCAACAUCUCGGUGCUUGGCGGCGACGAGCCGCGCCGCAAGACGCUCGGGUACCGCACCGCCGAGCGCACGAUCCCCAACAACGACGUGGUGUCGGGCAUUGGCAUCGUCGAAAGUGCGCUCGUGUACGGCGAGACGGGCGCGCCGACGCUGUCGUGGACGCUGGCGCCGCCGGGGCACCGUCAUUUGCAAGGCCGCCCGAGCUUUGUCGUCUACGGCGGGCAAGAGGGCCUUGUGCAACGCCAAGAACGGUCGGCCGACGCGCUCGGCGCCGUCGGACUGGCCAUGGUCAUGGGCGGCGGGUACCUCUUUUGGUCGCAGCACUUUGGUGGAGGCUCGAAGAAGUAG